GGUGGAAGAUGAGGAGGUGGGGUUAGUUUCUAUCAACAAAGCUAUUGAAAUUUAAAAAGCCUCAGGAGGGACGGAUGACGAGUGCAAACGACGCCUUCUACAGCAGUAAUCUGUGACCAGAGACUCUCACCAUUACCUUGCUCUCCUGCCAACAGCUAUUAUGCUGGCCAGGGCAGCCAUCAGCAGAGGCAUUACUGCCCAGCGCCUCAGUAAGAACAUCACUCUCUACCUGAAUGAGUCAGCGUCUCCUGCCUCUGAAAAUCAGACCCCAGCCUCUGCACAAAAUAAGCCCCUUCUGCUGAUGCUGCCGUGGUUGGGUUCGCGGCCGCAAGCUGUGUCCAAGUAUUGUGAAAUCUACUUCCGCAGCGGCUUUGAUGUGCUCAUGGUGGAGAGUGAGGUCAAAGAGUUCCUGUGGCCACGUCUGGGGCUGGAAAAUGGGGCAAGGGUCCUGGAAUUGCUCCAGAAUGAGCGCUUUGUGACACGUCCACUUCUUGUGCAUGCCUUUUCUGUUGGUGGAUACACAUUUGCACAGCUGCUGGUGCAUGUGUCCCGGGAUUCACAGAAAUACCAGGCGCUGACACAGAGGAUCAAAGGCCAUGUCUAUGAUAGCUUGGUGGUGGGCUCACUAGAGAAGAUGGCUAUAGGUCUAGGUAAGACUGUAUUUCCUCAGUGGGAGAGUCUGGUGAAACAAGCCAGCCUGUUAUACUUUGAAGUCUUCAAACGCCAAACGGUGGACUACUUCAACAUCAGCAUUGACGCCUUCUGGAAUACCCCCAUCGCUGCGCCUGCUCUGUUCUUCUUUUGCGAGAACGACCCGAUGAGUGACCCACGAGCUAUGGAAGAGCUGAUCGACUUCUGGCAGAAACGCGGGAUGGACGUCACAGCAAAGAAGUGGGAAGAUUCAACGCACGCAGGCCACAUGAAGAGGCACCCGCAGGAGUAUCUGGCCACCCUGGAGACAUUCCUCCACAGCCUCAACAUCACCCCUCUGAAGGCCAAGAUGUGAUGUACUGUGGAGACAGGUUCAGUACAGAGAGGUUAAACUUAAAAUUAAAAAAUUCUGUUAAGGUACGCGUGUAAAUAAAAACUUUGUCUACCAUAAUAUAAUAGAAGUGACAGUUAUAUAUUUAAAGUAAUAAUCCACAACAUGGUUAUUUAAAUAUGUCUGAUUUUAAUUUAGAAACGGUAAAUGAAAUCUUUUACAAUAACUGCCAGGUCUCUACAAAUAGUUCAAAUCCUGCAGCACAUAUAAAGUAAUACGUUGUAUAUUUCUGACAGCAGCAACAGUGGUUUUAUUUGGAAUACAUUAAAGGCGUACAUAAACCUACAGAAACUCAACCUCAUCUAUGGAAAAUAUUAGGAAAAAAGGCGUCUCAGUACUGUUGACACUUUUUGCUUUUGGUGAAAUGUCACCAAAAGCAAAAACAUGGACCUUGACAAUUACCACUUAUUUUCCUAGUGUUUCCCAUCAUAAUAGUUGUGUUUAAAUACACAUGGUGGGGUCCAAACAUAAUCUCCAACAGCCGGAUCCAUAAAACAGAUAAAACACACCCUCUGAACACAGUAAUGCUCAACAAUAACAUAGCAAAUGAGUUUCAUGUCUGGAGGUGCUGUUAUGUAGAGACAGGGAGGGCAUGUGAGAGGAGAUGCUCUGCAAGGAGUUCACAUCCUAAGCUGUUGCUGCUCUUAGUGCCAUCUAGUGGUCAGAUAAAACUGCUUCGUGCAUGUUUACAGUACUGUCUGUAUUGGAGAAUGAUGGCUCAUCCAGAAUGCCAUGGUCCGUCUUGUCUUAAACCGCCCUACAUUUUCCCAUAUAAUAUUUCCUACUUUCCGUCCACUGGCUUUGCUGAUUAUAUCAGAUUCAAAACCUGGAUUUGGGAUAUGACGUUGGUGCAGGAUCCAAACCUCUAACAACUGUCCAAUCCUGCAUUGUUGGUUGACUUUCUCUUCACCAAAUCUCCAGACUUCCAAAUGGUGCAGUGACUUUAACGCCACAGUCAGGACAGAAAAGUCCCUGUUUCUGCUUUAACUUACACACUCACCUCUUCAGGAAACAUUUUACUUUCCCUUUUCUUUUACCUUUCUCUCCCACUCCCCAUCUCCUUGUAUCUACCUCUUCUACAUCUCUGAAAAUGGCCCCGUCUGGUUUAUUUGUACAAUCUCUACCUCUAAUAUUUCUUUACAUAGUACUUUUCUAUUUCCUUUCCUUUAGGGGCACAAGGAUGUUUGUUUGAUCUAUUGCACGGUGGUAGCUUGUAAGGUAACCAUGUAGCAAAUUAGGCAUAUUAUUGAAGUAGGUGGCUCUGGAUAGCAACACGAACAAAAUGCCUUAAAAGCCGUACAUAAUGUAAACAUAGUAUUUAAGUUGUACAUUUAAAUUCCACAUAUUGACUCUGUUACAGAUAAUACUCAGGGGAAUGGCUGGCACGCUGUGUAAAUGAAGCCAGCAUUCAACAUUGAAUGUCACAAUCAAUGUUAAGAAAAAUAUUCAGUUUCUUGUUUUUUAUGAAUCUGUGUAUUUAGGAAGGCUCCCAUUAAUUAGAGAUCAUUGGAGAUUAUUUUUAUUCUUUUUUUUAUUAUUAUUUUUUAUUGCAAGUACUUAGAAAGGAGGUUUACCAAUAAUUUAAUCCGCUAAACCUUUCGUCUGAAGCAGAAAUUAUGAGUCAUUUCUGUCGACUUUUAAAUAUCAUGCACACGUUGCAUCUCACCUUCUAGUCAGACAUCAUAUUCACUCCGCAUUGCACAACCUUAUUUUAUUUUUUUAUUGACCGACUCAAUUUAGCAUUAACUUUUAAUAAUUCUCUUGAUGGAAGUGAACUGGAACUUGUUAUCAUUACAUGGAGGCGUGGAAUGUUGUUUAUCAAUAGAUAAUCUUUAAUAGAUUAGUGUCGGAGUGGUAAUUCAAGGUAUAUGAAAGAAUGUAGGCACAAAAUAUGCAAAUUGUGACAAAAGCUUACAUUCUGUAGGUCUGACAAGGGAGUAUAUCACCACCAAAAGCCUUUGCAUAAAUGAGAUAAGUAAUUUAGUUAUGAUCCUAAACUAUUAGAUUGUUGAUGGUUGUGUGUCUUUUUAUCAGAUCUAUGCUAUUUCACAGUGUGGUGUAACUAAAAAUGAAAUGCUGUUUUAUUAUUAUUUUGCGGAAGCAAUGACUUGUCAUCUUAUGUUUCUCUUACAUGCCCUCAGUGGGUCUCGCGUUGUCUUUUACCUCUGAAUCUGGGUUUACACAUUUACCCCUGUGCUUCUCCUGUGAAUGAAUAUCAAAUCCAACAGAAUUAGACCCAAAAUGCCACAAGAAGAUUUAUCAGGUAGUGGAGCUUUCCAGAGACAAGCCCUCUUUGCCCACAGUCAGCACGGCACUGUUAUUUACAUCUUUGCUACUAGCAGCAUCACUGGUUAUAAAGGGUGGGUGGGUAUCAAGUAUGUUGGUGUAGGAGUGCUCAUCCAGUUUACCACUUAUGCAAAAGUUUAUUUAUAUCAGCACUCAGAUCAAAUUCUUGACCAUGUACUGUACUGUCAUCUUUGCACUAUGUUUACCUUUGCACUUAAAUGGUUGCAUUGAAUCUAAAAUUAUUAUUGUGCUAUUUCAAGCUGCUCUCAACCAUGGAGCUACUGAAUACUAUUAUGUACCAGUUACCAUUCCAGGGUGCAUAAUGAAUCUUGUUUCCUAUAGUUACAGUUAUUUGAAUAGCAGUUGUACAUAUUUCAAAAUCUACAAAUCUCUGGCAAAUCUUUGGGUCUGUUCUCUCCUAUGUGCCGUCUGCACAUUGAUAAACCUGCAUAAAUCAACAGCAAUGCCACAUGCAACCAAAGGUGGAAGGAGUUAGUCUUGAAAUAUAUAUUGAAGUAGGCUUUGUGCAGAUGUUUCUAUUGUUCAUGAAGUAUGACAAAAGAGGUCUUUGAAAGUUGUUUUUGAACGUGAAACCACCUCAUGGUGCAACUGUGUGUCUUUUUUUGUAACGAAGACGUGCUACCUAGGCAUCACUCACCACACUCACAAAAUGUUGUCAACACAUUUUUGAGCCUGUGUCUUAUUUUGGAAUAAAAGUGAUGGCAACUUGUUGUGGUGCUGUGUAUC